AAUUUGAACCAAAUCCGUCAACAUUUUUAUAAAUGGCUUCUCUAUAUCUCUAUGAACUCUGGGGAAUAAUAAAGAAAAUGAUAAAAGGUCUCCCAAAGGGACGCCUGAUAUUAAUAUUAUGUAAAUGAAUAAUAAUACUGAUUUAAUAACAGUUGGGCCUCCUAAUCAUAAUAUUGACAAAAAUCAACAGAAGGCCCUCUCCCCUGAUGGGGCCUCUAACCAGCAGUAAUAUAACAAGUCUCAUUGUGAAUGAACAUUUUACCCCUCAGAGUCACUUAAUAAAUGUAAAGCUAGGUUAUUGGUUAAUGGCUUUAGGCAAGUAGGUAAAAGGACUGCAUUGAUAUCCUCUGAAUAUUACAAAAAUCUGUUUUAUUUAGCUUGUAUUCAUACAUUUUUAAUUUGCAGUGUUGUUAUACUUAAUAUCGAUAUUCUGAAUAAUGAAACGCUUGAAUAGGCACAGUGAACAAUUAUCAAUAUCAAAACAUGCAUUUUAGCUUUGUCAGUUUCAAACAAUGGAUCUACAGCAGGAGAUCAUAAAAUCAAUUGGAAAUCUGUCAGCCGCUGUCAGUUUGGAUAAUAAAAAUAAAUGGUUUUAUAAUAUCAAGAUUAAAAAUAAGAAAUAACAAGUGGGUGAUGAAAAUAGCUAAUAUAAUGUAAGCUAAAAAUGAGGAAAUGAGAUCUAAGGAAAGUUUACUAAAAUAUACUUUACGUGACGAUAAAAGAGACGGGGAUUCCGUAAGUGAGACACAGUUGUAUAGAUCUGUCAAUAAAAGAUUUUCGCUGGUGUAAGCAGUUACGAAAUGACUUUACAGAGGAAUUAUAUUUUGAUUGUGUUCAUUUUAUUAUUAAGUUUACCAGGCUGCUACAUUUACAUCAACAGACUUAAGGUAACGGAACACAUGCCUACGAUACAUCUAAUCAAAACUAUGAAAAAAAUUAAUUUGAAAAAUAUCAAAACUUCUUAUAGAGAAAUGUUCAAAUCAAAAGAGCACAAAAAUACAAAGAAACCAGUGCUAGAAAAACUAAACUUUGGCUUCAAUAACAUUAACUGUUCGUACAUUGGAGUCCAAUAUUUUAGAUCACGACUUGGAAAUAUCAUGUUUCAAUAUGCCUCAACAUUUGGGAUUGCAAGGGAGAAUAAUCUAUGUGUAUUGAUGCCAGAAUCCGUACCAAGGAAGUCAAUAGAUUUUAGGAGUUAUUUUCACUUAUCUGCGAUUCCUACAAACACUGGUCUUCCAAUAGCAUCUCAAAGUGUAAGCCUAAAGAAAGGUUGCUGUAUAUUUCAGAACAGCUAUAUGCAGUUAAACAAUACGAGAAACUACACUCUAUCAGGUGGUUUACAGAGUUAUAAAUACUUUAACAAUGUGCAAAAUGAAAUCCGUAAAGAAUUCAAAUUCAGCAAAACCGUCGAUGAAGCAGCAAAUAUAUUCUUGAGAAACGCAACUCCAAAUUUAAAUACCACACUUGUAGGUAUACACAUCAGACGUGGGGAUUUUCUUAAACAUGAAGAACAAGGUUUUGUCGUACCUCAUGUAAGCUAUUUCAACAAUGCUAUGAAAUACACCCAGGAGAAAUUCACCAACGUGCACUUUAUAGUCUGCUCAGAUGAUAUCAAAUGGUGUAAAGAAAACAUCAAACCAACAAGUGUUACUUUCUCUGAGAGCAAUGAAGCCAUCGUUGACAUGGCAAUCUUAAGCAAAUGUAACCAUGUCAUCAUGUCUACAGGAACGUUCGGAUGGUGGGCAGGCUUCCUAUCCAGAGGGACUGUUAUUUAUUAUAAACACUGGCCAAGGAAAGGUAGUAGACUAGCUGCAGAUGUUAAUAUUUCUGACUAUUAUUUGCCAGAUUGGAUUCCAAUGGAUUAGCUUAUGUGUUAUACUUUCAAUGGAACUCAUUAGUGGUUAAGAAUAGUACCCAACAAGGUCCAAAUGAAUCAGAGGGGAAUAAAAGAAUAAGAUGGUGGUAAAUAUUGGACACAAGUUUUUGAAGAUCUGAUCUGAUGAUCUGUCAAUGCUUUCCUUGCUUAAAAUCCUAAUCUUAUUUCCUGAAAAAUAUGGAAAAGGCAUUUCUGCUUGGAAAAAACAGCUUCUCUCAGACUGAAAUAAGUAGAUUUUAUGACUCUUAAAUAUUUUUUUGAAUAUACAGGGUGGUCCCAAAAAAAUGGGACACUUGUAUUUCGAAAAUAGAUAUUGAUUUUCUUAAUGAAAACAUGAC